UGCAGCCCUGGCGGAAGUGAGGUGUCGCGCGCUGAGACGCUUCCGGUAGAGGAGCGGUCUGAGGCGGAGGGGGGGGGUAACGGCGGCGGCGGGGCUCGAUCCGAGCCGAGCCGGGGAGAUGCUCUACACGGCGGUGGUGAUGGCGGGGAGCCUGGCGCUGACGACAGCCGUGGUGGCUCACGCCUAUUACCUGAAGCACCAGUUCUACCCCACCGUGGUUUAUCUCACCAAAUCCAGCCCCAGCAUGGCCGUUCUCUACAUCCAAGCCUUCGUGUUGGUUUUUCUUCUGGGGAAAUUUAUGGGCAAGGUGUUUUUCGGGCAGCUGCGGGCGGCGGAGAUGGAGCACCUACUCGAGCGAUCGUGGUACGCCGUGACGGAGACCUGCCUGGCCUUCACCGUCUUCAGGGACGACUUCAGCCCUCGCUUCGUCGCCCUUUUCACCCUCCUCCUCUUCCUCAAGUGCUUCCACUGGUUGGCUGAAGACCGGGUGGACUUUAUGGAAAGGAGUCCCAACAUUUCUUGGCUCUUCCAUUUCCGUAUCGUCUCCCUGAUGUUCCUCCUGGGAAUCCUGGAUUUCCUCUUCGUUAACCACGCGUACCACAGCAUCCUCACGCGAGGGGCCUCUGUCCAGCUCGUCUUCGGCUUCGAGUACGCCAUCCUCAUGACCAUGGUGCUCACCAUCUUCAUCAAGUACGUCCUGCACUCCAUCGACCUGCAGAACGAGAACCCUUGGGACAGCAAAGCCGUCUACAUGCUGUACACGGAGCUCUUCACGGGCUUCAUCAAAGUCCUCCUCUACAUGGCCUUCAUGACCAUCAUGAUCAAAGUCCACACCUUCCCGCUCUUCGCCAUCCGCCCCAUGUACCUGGCGAUGAGGCAGUUUAAGAAAGCGGUGACGGACGCCAUCAUGUCCCGCCGGGCCAUCCGCAACAUGAACACGCUCUACCCCGACGCCACGCCGGAAGAGCUGCAGGCCAUGGACAACGUCUGCAUCAUCUGCCGCGAGGAGAUGGUGACGGGCGCCAAGCGUUUGCCUUGCAACCACAUCUUCCACACCAGCUGCCUGCGGUCGUGGUUCCAGCGCCAGCAGACGUGUCCCACGUGCCGCAUGGACGUUCUCCGGGCUUCCCUCCCGGCACAGCCGCCUCCCGAGCCGCCGGAGCAAGCCCCGCCGCCGCCCCAGACCCCCCAAGUUCCCCAACCCCCCAACUUUCCCCAGGGAAUCCUCCCCCCCUUCCCCCCGGGAAUGUUUCCCUUCUGGCCGCCGGUUGGUCCCUUCCCGCCCGUUCCCGGCGUUCAACCACCCACCGGCGCCGAAAACCCCGCGCCGAGCUCCGGCGCCGCUCCGGGUGAGUGUUCUCCCGCAGUCCGAGGGGUCGGCGCUGCCGAAUCGGGGCUCCCUCCUCCUCCUCCCCCGCCGCCCCCUCACGCCCCUCCUAUCGCCGCAGCCGCCAGGCCCGGUGACGCCGCCAACGCCGGCUCGGAAGCCGCCGCGGCGGGGACGGUGCCGGGUCUUCCUUUCCCGCCGCCGUGGAUGGGAAUGCCGUGGCCGCCCCUCUUCGGCUUCCCGCCGAUGCCGGUGCCGCCGGCCGGCUUUGCCGGCUUGACGGAAGAAGAACUUCGAGCCAUGGAGGGCCACGAUCGGCAAAACCUGGAAGCGCGGUUACAGUGUCUACAGAACAUCCACACCCUCCUCGACGCCGCCAUGGUGCAGAUCAACCAAUACCUGACGGUCCUGGCCACCAUCGGGUUGCCCCGGCCCGCGGCUCCCCGGCCCCCCUCCGCCCGCGAGACCCCCGCCGAGGAACCCGCCCUCCUCCGCUCCCCCGGCAGCUUUUCGGCGCCCGCCGAUCCCACCGCGCCGGCGGGCGCCGAAGGCUUCACCACCGAGGAGGAAGAUGAGGAAGAGGACGGCGGCGAAGGCUUGUCCUCGCUGGACGAACCCGACACGGCGGAACUGCGUCGCCGCCGGCUACAGAAACUGGCGUCGCCGCCGGCGAACUCGCACUGACGCCCCCCGGUUGUGCCGCGGGCGCCGUUUUGGGGGCGCCGACGCCUCGUUUUCGGCGUUUCCGGAACCGUGAGUGCGACGGCGACUCUUUUUCUGCCUUUUUUUUUUGGCCCCUCCCCACAGUUUUCCACCAAAAUCCCCAUCCGGAAGCAAAACCGGUUCCCGGCUACACCCGUUGGCACCUUGUAACCGUUGCUGGCCCUUCGCCGCGGCAAACGGCCGCGUUCCUUGACCCCGUUUCCUCCGUUUUGCCCCGUUUUUCCCUCUUUUCACCCCAAUUCUACCUCUCCAGCGAGCCAGGAAUCCGGCACGUGGUUUCAGAGCCGGCGGUUGCAUGUUUUGGGGGUAACCGCGCCCGUUUUGGGGGUAACCGCGCCCGUUUUGGGGGUAACCGCGCCCGUUUUGGGGCGGUAGUUACAGACGGGAGGGUUGAGCGCGGCGACGGUGAUCGAGAGCCGGCGCCGCUUGAAAUUGCUCAAAAUCGCCCAUUCUUUGGGGUGGCCCCUCCCCCUCAUUAGCAAACGAGCUCAUUAACAGUAUUAACCCCUCGUCCCCCGCCCCGAAACACCCCGCCCCGAAGCCCAUCGGCGCCUCCCCCGCACCGCGCGGCGACUCAAUAAACCCCCGAAUCCUCCGCCUGACCCCGACCAGUCCCUAACCAGCACCGCCGUGCGCCCAAACUGGUUCUUAACUGGUUUCGCUGCGCCAACGGUGCCGGGAGGUGGGUUUUUUUUUUCUUCCGUGUUUCUAUUUUUUUUGCUGUUUUCGUCACCUUCCACCUCCCGAACGCCAAAUUUUCACCACGUUCCCUUCGCCGGCUCCGGCAAAGCACCGCCGGUUAAAAAACCUCCGGCGCCGCCGCCGCCUCCUCCCCCGCGUUUCUUCUCCGCUCCAGGGACGCUGCGACUCUUCAGUGCCUCUUUGAACCGAAAAGGGCUUCGAGGAGCCCAAAAUAAUCUCAGGGAAAAAAAAAAAAUAUAUAUCAAGAAAAAAGAAAACCGCGUUCGGAGACGGCGGCAACCGGAGCGUUUUGGGGUGGAAAACGGUAUUUUUGGAGGGCUUUAUUUCUUUUUUUUCUUGCACCCGAACCGGUGGCGGCGAGGACGGCGUGGGGCGAGGAGCUGGCGGCGGGCGGUUUUGGUUUUUUAACUUUCUUUGGGCGGGAAUGGUUAUUUUCGGUAACGAGGCUGGUUUUCUUCAACUUACCCUUAAAUUUUUGGGUUUUGUUGCCCAAAAUUUGACCGAAUUAGCAAGGAAUUUCACAAUCCCAAAGCGAUGAUGGGAGAAGGCCGAGGAGCCACUUCGGGGAGUUGAUUUUUCAUCUUUUUUGCUUUUUUUUUUUCUUUUCGAACAUUUUGAGCCAAAAUAAUGACUCUUUAGGGCUGGUUCUCUUUGGACUUUGGCUUUUUUUUUUUUCCCCUUCCCCCUGUUUUUUUUUUUUAAUGUAUUCCUCAAAAUUUCCUUUGUUUUGGGGUGAAAACCACAGGGCGGGAACUAAGACACGCAGGUGACCAGACUGGGGACAUUUGACCCAAAACCCGCUUCCUUUCACCCCAAAAACCACUUCCUUUCCCUUUUUGGGUGGCGUUGGAGGAAUUAUUUAAUUUGUAAAUAAUGUAUAAUUUUUUAAUAGCUUAAUUGUAAAUACAAUGGAAUAAAGGUUGCAGUAAA